AUGACGAAGCCGCAGGCAGCUUCGCCCUCGCCCCGCAUCAUGGCGGCGGCUGCAGCUGCAGCAAACCAGGAUGCAGUCCAGCCGGAAGGUUCCCCGAUGAGAGCCAUCUCCGUAUGUUCUGACGAGAGCUGCCAUGCCUCCAUGGUGAAGAAGGCUCUGAGCCGGGCACAGCGGGAGAACCGUCGCCUUCAGCGCCGCGUUCGCUACCCAGCUCUUGCGCUGGGCUUUCUCCUUAUGGCGGGCUCCAUGUACUUGGCCUUCACGUCCUGGACAUCGCAAGCCCAGCUUACCCUUUUGGUCCGGGACCUCCUAAGGUCCUUGGGUUUCAUCUCAUGGCUCUGCGCCUGCCUGCCCUCAGACCGCUGGGCGCCAAAGGUUGGCUCUCUUCUUCUCAUCAUCCUUGGCGUGAAGUGUUUGAUUUGGAACACACAGAAAGUGGCCGUGUACGCGCACCAGCUCACGGACCACUUAGAAGCAGGGCAGAAGUGCCACAUCGAAAACGAGGAGGUAGAUUGCUUCCUCGGGGCCUACAUCAUCGGCACAACCAGUUUGACUUAUGUGGUCAUGCGCGUCUGGCAGCUACCCUACCUGGCCUACGGCCUCAUUCUUCCGUCACGCGCCACAAUGGGGCGCCUGUGGGUAGGCCUGGCACUGCCCCACUUGGCGGAGGGCAUAACGGCCCUUAUUGCUGUCCUGCCCUCCAUGGUUGUGAAAAUGCGCAUGGGCAAGGCAAUUUGUUCGGACAUGGUUCUCUGCACAAGCCUCCGUGGUGUCUAUGGCCUCAUGUCAGGCAUCCUGCUCAUGCUGCCCGGCUUCCGCCGUUGGGUUCACUUCCGGCUGUUGGCUGCCAGCGGCGCCUUUACCGCUGCCGGAAGCAUAGCAGCUUUCCUGGGCAGCCGCAGUGCAGCCAAGGUCAUGGAGGUCGCCCGGAACACCUGCCGCUAUGUUACCUUGGACAAGGUGACCAAGCAGGACCUGAUGAACUCGAGCCCCGAUUCGGCUUUGAAGCGUCUGUCGGUACCUUGCCAUCUCCCGGACAUUGACGCCUUCUUGAGCCACAGUUGGCACGACUCCGCAACAAACAAGUGGGAGGCUCUCCAAGCCUGGCGAAAGUCCUUCAAAAGCCAACACAAGCGGGAGCCACGCUUGUGGAUAGACAAGUACUGUAUCGAUCAAGAGAACAUUGACGCCAGCUUGAUGUGUCUCCCCGUGUUCUUGGCCAGCUGCCACACCUUGUUGAUCAUCGCUGGAGAGUCCUACUUUGACCGUCUCUGGUGCUUGGAGGAGGUCUUCAUUUACCUCCAGCUGAGCCGUUCUCGAGACACUAUCGAGAUGCUUCCCCUUUGCAACGACUUGGAUGAGCGCAUCCGAACGUUCGACGCCGAGGUGGCCCAGUGUGUAAAGGCCUGCGACCGUCAGAAGCUGUUGGCAACGAUCGAGGCUGGCUGCGGCGACUACAAGACCUUCAAUGCCGAUGUGCAGGAUGCCUUGUCGUACGCUUUGAAGAAGUCGCGCUGGGCUACCCCUGCAUGA